AUGAUACAACGAGUGCUUUUCUUGGAAAAUCGCAGCGAGGAAGAAACUCCUUAUCAAUUGAUUUGUGGAUCUAACAAGAUCACGAACUCUGGCUACCAAACGCGAAUCACAACGGUGUUUCCUCUGCUAAACGGAUCCGCCAGUAGCAGCGUUGGACCCAGAUCGAAAGUCCGCAUUGUCAUUGGAUUUUCACCCAGUUCCGCGGGGCAUUUUUACCGAAGACUGACUUUGCUAUCGCCCAACACAGAACCACAGUUUUUGUCACUCUUUGGAACCUGUCAUGACGUUGAAGAGCAGCCCCAUCCCCUUUCAACGUUACAUUUGAAGAACAUCGUAAGUGGCCUAUUCGCCGAUAAUCCCCUACAGGUUUCAAGACAUCCACAGCAGUCAAAUGCUUUCGAAGAAUACACCAGCUUACGUCAUGCUGAAGACACUGUGCUUCACAUGCCCCCAAUAUCUGUCGAUCCAGCCUAUAUUGAUUUCACACCCACGGAUGCUUUGAUUACGAAGGCAGUCAAGUGUGUGUUUCACCAUAAGGAGGUGGUCCAACUCGGUCUAGAUGUCACGGAUAACAAAUUCGGCCUGAAACGUAGCCUCGUUGUUCAAAAUCACACGUCUCAAGCUAUGCAUUUCAAAUGGACACCUCAACGAAUACUCAGGCUAGCGGACGACACUGAUUCAUUCAACGAUAUCUGUGCGUCGCCAUUCCACGAAGAAUUUUCAAUUGAGCCAUCAGAAGCUGAGUUGCCUGGCCAAGGAUCUUGUCAGUUCACUAUUACUUUCCAACCAACCCGACUGGGCCAGUUCUUCUUCCACGAGUUCGAAGGAUUCGCCUCAUUCCGUGCUUUUAGAGAUUGCAGCCUGACCGAUUCGGACUGUGUAGUGCCACCGAUCUGCGUCAUAGUUCACUGUUUUGGAAACACGUUCCAGAAAAACGAAGAACCAUUUUUGCCGAAUUUCACGCUCGAUAAGGGUCGAAUAAAACUGCCCCGAGUGGAUUCCUGGGGAGUGAUCUUCGACACAAUUUCGCUCAGGAAUAAUAGCGACUUACCGCUGUUGUUGGAACAAACAAGUACUGCGUUGGAUCCUGAGAAGGCUGAUCAGGGACUGAAUGGGUCUGUCCUCAAGUAA